AUGCAAAACCAUAGUGCUACUCCCCAAGACUUCCUGCCAAUUCACGAGGAAUCAGAGUCCGAUCCAAAAUUGAAUACCAAAAGAGAGCUAGUAAUUUCAGUGCCAACGAAGCAAGAGGAAGAUACAGGAUGUAAAAGCCAAAAAACGAAACGAUGCGAUACACCAAUUCUCGGCGAAACAGUUGGCUCUCCAAUGUCCACAAAUUUAGAACCAAAUACAGAGAAUCCUCUCAACGGCGAAGGAGAGACAGAACCUCUGGUCGGUUUAAAAAAUCCCACGAGUGCGAAGAAACCCGUAUCACCAGCCACAGCAAUAGAGAGAGCGAAAAAUGCCACGUUUCGUGAUGGAAUUAUUAUAGAUUCCCUUCGAAAACAGCUCAGACCCAACGAUCCCAAAGUGGGCGCAACUCGUGGGAGUUUGGCGCCGAAGACCAAUGUAUUCGACGAUGGUAAAUUCGUCUGUUACUGCAGAGAGAAGCAUCAGCCUGCUGUGAAGCAGAAAAACGUUGUGUCGAAACCACAACCGAAGAAACAUAAAGCAGGGAAGAAGAACGACGAUAAAAAGAUGCUCGUGGGGAGCAGGCAUCGUAUAAAACCAAUACCUAAGCCAAUUCCUCCUAUUAUUCAUCAUCCACCGGUCAUACCUAGGAAAAUACCACCGCCAUUGUAUCACCCUCCUCCUCCUCGCCCUAUUCCUCAUGUUCCUCGUGUUCCUCAUAUUCCUCAUGUUCCUAAAACUUAUAUUCCUAAACAUUUAUACCCUAAACAGUUGCCGCACAUUCCAUACGUCCAUCAUCCUAAGGUUCCCACGGUUGCACACGCGAUUCCUAAAGGAAUACCACCGAGAAUUCACGCUCCGUAUAAUCCAAUUGGUCGUAGACCUGAUUUAAUGGUUGGGCAACGCGCACCGAUUGACCAACAGCAAAAUAUCGGUAAAAAUCAACAAACUGUUGAGCAAACUCCGUGUCCUCCAAACAUUGUUGGUCAGAGUUUGCCUCAACCUACUGAAAGAAUCAUUGCUACAACGUUUGCAAAACCAGUUGCAACAGAAAACAGUCCAGGUAACAACGAAGAAGAUUCCACCGGCUCUGAUUACAAUUUGCAAUCUGUACAUUCGGAACCUUCUGAGAAUGUUGAAUUACCUACUGAAGUACCUAAUGUUCAAGCAGCUAAUCCAGCAGAGACCGAGGAAAAAUCGUCUACAGACUUAGGGGAGGAAUAUACGAAUGAAUACGAAACGACUGACAGUGGAACGGUGGAUUACUCGGACAUCAAGGAAGUUACGACCGCAUACUUCACGUCGAAAGCUUAUACCAACGAGGCUGGCCACAGCGGUCCCACAGGUUACGACGAUUUUCAUAUAACCAGCACCGAAUAUGCGAGUCCUGACGAGAAUCAGUACGACGAUCUGGAAAGUCGAUCGAACGUUCCUACGGAGAAUUCGAUAGAACCAGCGAAAACGUUAAACAACGAAGACGAGAGGAACGUUUUAGUAGGAGAAAGCAAUCCAUAUUCGAGCGAAGAAGAGCCAAAAAACGAGGAUAUAAACGAAAGUACAGGAUCGAAUCUAAAGAAUACACAAGAAGACAAUUACGAGUUGAAAGAAGCUCCUGCUAUGGAGGAAACAACCGAAUUAAUUCUGGGAGCAACGAGGUCCCCGGACGAAGGCACGUCGAUGGAGAUGAAUGAUAAAGAUGCUCGAUCGAGCGGCGAAUUUUCUGCAGCAGAUUACGCGACUGAAUCGCCGGAAAGGAAAGAUAAUGCUGGUCCAUUAUGGACCGAUUACGCGACGGAGAAUUUCGGAUCCGAUAGGUCUGGAGAAAAAAUGAACGAAGAGGGUGGUCCAGUUAGCGAUUCUAUGACGGAAGAGACAAUACAUCCCGACGAUUAUACGACAAUUGGCGAGGAUCUCGUAAAUACGGACAAUGAGAGGGUUGGUAUGGGGCAAGUGACGACGACGAUUCACAAUGAAAAUGGGGACGAUUCUUCUACUAUCGGGUCGACGUUCGAGUCAUCGAAAGUAAACGGCGGUGAGGGGACGAACGAUGGAUCUUUGCCGUUCUGCGAUAACACGCUCCUUCAGAAAUCGAUCAAAUCGGUAAUUAAUAAGUUUGCCACCGGUGACUCGGGUGAAACGGACGAGGAAACGGUCGGUGCCGCGAAGGGUGAAGAUUUACUGACGGAAAUUGUCGGAGUUCCGAACUUGAAGGGCAUUUUGUCCAUGCCUCAGAUAGAGAACACGGUCGUGGAUAAGGUGAAGGACCUCGUGUCGACGUUAACCGGAGUUGCCAGAAAGAAUUUCGACAACGAUUGGGCCACCGAUGUAAUUAGGAAUAAUCUGCAUCACGCGAUGGCUGCUGCGCCUAGUUCCAAGUCGGAACUCGAGUCACCGACUAAAAAAAAUGGAAAAUGGGUGACUAAUACGGUUACACUGGAACCUCCGAUUAACGAGGAAACACCUGUUCCAACUGAUACGGAAAAAUUGCAGAAUAACGUUAAAAGUCUUCUGAGAGAUCCAGCUGUGAGUCUGCAGGCUGCUAAAAACCCUGCUGUUCAGAACAUGAUCGUUCAAAGUGUUAAACAUAAUUUCAAGCCGGAAAAUGAAGGCAACGGUGAAGGUCUCGAUGAUUCCGUUAUUCAGAGCACUUUGGACAAUGAGUUGAGUAUGAUGGAGAUGGAAGGUAAGGAAGAUACGACGACGGAAAGUGUCCAAGAUUCGACUACAAAGACUGAUGAUGUAGACAUGUCGAAUAUCGACAUGAACAAACUUUUGGACAUUGCAAAAAGCGAAGCUGAAGAUGGAGAUAAGGAAGAAUCCUCGACUUUAAAUACAAUUUCAAGUACUGUAUCAUCUUUGGAUCGUGAUCUGGUAGGAGCAACGAGGGAGUCUCUGCCCUCGGAAUACUUUCAGGAAACUACCAUUUAUCCAAUCGUGGAGACAAACCAGGCCGCGGUACAACUUUCGAAAGGAAACCAAGUACCGAAGGGUAUAAAAACAGUUGCAAUCCCAGAAUUGGAAUCAACAACGUUAAACAUGGAAGAACUUGAACAAGUACGAAGACAUGACCCGAUCUCUACGGAAAGUUUGACCAACAUUGUGGCUGCCACUCCAGCGAAUCGGGAUGAAUCUUCGACCGUAGAAGUCGAGGAUUACACUUACGUAGAAUACAGUCCUUCGACGAUAAAUGUGAACAAUAUAGGCGAGAAGAAUACAGACACGUUGGUAGGAAUGGAAAAUACGAGUACGGAUCCGGAAAUCUCGACAGAUGAACAGGGCUAUACGUACUUGGGGAAAAUUUCUCUAGAAAAUAAGAACAACACGGACGAGGUGCAGAAUCUUCGAAAUUCCGAACUGUUUUACACUGGCGACGGUGUAAAGCUACCGUUGGAGAUAAGAAAAUUGGAGGACGGUUCUUAUGCUUUAUCGAUCUCCAGGAAAGUCUGUGAACAUCUAUUAAACAAGGAGUGCCCUUGUUGCGUGCCUGUAAAUGGUAACGUUGUCGGUACAGUGAAAAGGAAUUCCGAUGGGAGAAAUGCUAAUGAUAGGAGGAGGAGAAUCGAGAGGAGAGGAGGGAAAAGAAUUUCGAAACGGGAAUCGAGGAGAUCAAUUUCACCGAACGAACGAGGAAAAUGUGAUUCAGCUGACGACAGCUUACAGAUUUUCUCGAUGCCCGUGGAAACUUUCGCGAGAAGAUACAAUCUGUCUCUGAAGUUGGAGAAAGUGCAAACUCCGUGGAAUUUCGACGAGGCUAGGGGAAAGAUUGAUGAGGACGUGAGAGAUCGGUCGGGAAAUUUUCGAAAUAAAGAGGAUACGAGAAAGAGAAAGGUAAACAACGAUCAGUAUCGGAAGGAGGACGCAACAAGUUACGAGGAUCGGGUGGAAAAUGAGAGAAACUUUAAAACGCAUCGAUAUCAGCGUAACAUCGAUGAAAACGUGGACAAACGGGUGGAAAUUAUGAAAAAUGUGCUGAUCUGGUUAAGGGACAUAAUCUUGAACAGACGUUCUGAGUGA